AUGAUGUGGGCAACCAGCCAACCACAUGCCGUUGGACAAAGCUUGGACAAGGAAGAAGCUGAGAUGGAGCUCGACACACACUCCCCUGGCCUUAUGCGCAUUUUCUCUAGAAUUGCUCAAGAAGAUUUUCAAUAUCAUUCCGACUCCUUUUUCUCUGCCUUAGAAUUACAUCCAUUGCCAUAUAAAUUUGAUGAAGAUAUGGUAUAUGAAAUUUACAGUAGCACUGAUAUUGUAGAUGAAGACGACCAAGAUUUUGUUCCCCGUUUAGUUCAUCUAGAAUUAGUCAAGGGUGCCAGUGGGAGCCAUGAAGAUUACGAUCCCUCAUUCAGUUCUUGUUGGACGAAUCAAGGUUGCCAACAGGAGUGGAACAGAAGAAUUUGUAGCUAA